UAUGGACCUUUCAAUCAACCAGGCUCCAAAUUCAAAACAGCACAUCAUACAUACUGCGCACGGAAUACCAAAGAAUCAUCCUUUUUUAUUUUAUUUUUUGGUUUUUCAUCCCGCUAACGAGCACACCGCUUUUAGUGGUUCCGCGGUGCGCCGAUCACUCACCUCCAUCUCGCUCGAACUCGGAAGAAAUCGCACCUGCACGACUCCUUCGAACAUGACAGACACCGUCCCGGACAAUCUGGAUCCUAUUCCGCCAACCAAAAAGAUGCGCGUCGGAACCAAAAGCUGUGCUGAGUGCCGUAGACGUAAAGUCCGCUGCAUCUUCCAGCAUGGUAAAACUUCAUGUGACGGAUGUACUCUACACGACGUUGUUUGUCAGCCUCAGAAAGGAGCUUUACGACGGUCGGCAAAACCAUCGCAACGGGAUGUGGCCACAAAUGACACUCUAGAACACACUUUACAAGAACGAAUAGCUCAUCUGGAGAGCGUUAUUGUACAAAUGCAGGCCAAUCGACCCGUAACAAAUAAUACAAAUUCCAUCAACAAAGAAACAGAGACGGCGACUUCCAAUGACGAGGUUUUACCGGAUGCGACUGCGGAAACCCUCUUAGAUGAGUCUGCGAGCGACGUGGACGAUGCAACCCCGGGCAAUGCACCUCUGCCCCGUCUACUGCAAGAAUAUCGACUAAUUGCCUAUAUGCCUUCCAUCGCGCCAAGAACAAUCCAGUCAUUUCAGAUACCUCGUCCUCCAUUGCCAAACCUUGCUGCUCUUACCUCUCUUCUCGAUUAUUCGGAGAAGUUUUGGCCCGUUUGGCCAAUAUGCAUUUUUGAUGUUGCAAAACUUCAGCGGCUCAUCCUUGCCCAGCAUCAAUUCAACGCUGAUACUUUGGGGUCUGGCAUGAGUGCUCCUGAUCACAUUGCCAUCGCGAAACUCUUCCUUUGGAUUGCACUGUGUUUGACACAUUGCCCUAGACGUCGUCUACAAUCCCUGACUCUUCCCGGAACUCAAAAAGAGCUUAUAGCGCGAUAUACGCAAUAUGCCUCCGCAAUACUGGCUGCGUUUGCUGGAAAAGGAGGGGGAACAGAAGAGGUCGAGUGUCUAUCUAUCCAAUGGAAGAUCUAUUUUGAUACAGGGAAACCACGACAGGCGUGGCUGACACUCCGGAAUGGUAUUGCAGCAGCCAUUCAGCUAGGGUGUCACACGUGCAAACAGCCAGACGAAGAAAACAAGCAGAAGUUAUGGUCCAUUCUUUGGCAAAACGAAAGACAUGUCUCAUGUAUGCUCGGCCUGCCUGAGUGCACUACCAAUGAUCACCCAGGCAUACGUCUUGACUACCUAUCCAGCAUCGAUGCCGUUACCACUAUACAUCACAAACUAAGUAUAAUUUUUGGGGAUCUUAUAAACCGCGAUCAAAAUGGAUCGAAAGAUGACUACGCCAUCACGAUUAAGAUAGAUCAAGACUUGGAGUUACUGCGGCCGCUCCUCCCUGAUAUUAGUGCACGUGCAGACGUGAUUCAGGUUUAUAUCGCGGCAGUGGCAAAUAUUCGCUUCUAUGUCGUCCAAAUGUUUCUUCACAUGCCGUACCUGCUACAGGACCCUGCCCCCAGUCUGACAUCAUACAGCGUGAGGCGUACCUUGGACGCUUCACGCCAGAUUAUCCAUAAUGUUUCCUUUUUUCGGGAAGUGUGCGACGAGUACAUGUGUGAAGUUCUCGACUUCCAACUUUUCAGCGCCGCCAUGUUACUUAUCCUCGGUCUUCUUUUCAAUCGCCAGAAGUCUAACGAGAUUCCAACUCUGGUCUCUGAUGAAUCUCCGGAUUGGGAGCAGAUAGACACGUCGUUAAAGUGUCUUCAUCGAACAAACAAAAUCUUGGGCUGCACUGUAGCAAAGCAAGGCGCUGAGACUCUCCAGGCCGUGAUAGCUGUGUGUCAUCCCGAGGGCCAUCAAGCCCCUCAGUCAUCUUUCCCCAACGACCCGCUUGUUGUAACAAUACCGUACUUUGGUCGCGUCAAGAUCAACUAUCCAGCUCCCCAUCAUGAGCCUUCGAUCUCAUCAUCUUCAAGCUAUCCAUCCUUGCUCUUCAGCCCAACGUUAGCUUCCCUACCAACACAUUCAGUGUCUGAAUUCCCGGACGAGCUAGGGGUCAACUGGUUUCAGCAGUUCGAUACCACAGACGACAUCCAGUAUGGGUUCCCGCAAGAAUAUCAGUUUUUCCCAUAG